AUGAACAUUGAAGCAUGGGAAGAGGCAUUAAUCGAACAUAGUUUGUUACCAGAGUACCAGGAUGUAAUAGAAGGAUUUCGGAUUGGCUUCGAUCAAGGAAUUCCUCAGCACAGAGUCGGUACACUUACGCAUUACACACCAGAUAAUCAUAGCUCCUCAGAAAAAGUCAAGAGCAAGGUGGAAGACUCAAUUAGCAAAGAACUAGGGGCAAAAAGAAUGUUUGGUCCUUUUAGCUUGGAGAAAGUUAUAGAAAAGUUUGGCUUCUGUAGAUCAAACCCGCUAGGUGCAGUCGUAAACGGAGAUGGAGCGAUUCGACCAAUCAACGAUCUCUCUUUUCCUAGGAACGACCCAGAAAUCACCUCAGUUAACUCCUUUGUAGACAAGUCAGAAUUCGAGACGACGUGGGACGACUUUCAAAUUGUAUCAGAAUUCUUCGCGAAAGACAAUCGGAAAAUGGAACUGGCUCUUUUUGAUUGGGAGAAGGCAUACAGACAAAUUCCCACACGGAAAGAGCAAUGGCGUUAUCUUAUGGUAAAAGAUUUCAAUGGAAAUUUCUUAGUCGAUACAAGAAUUACCUUCGGAGGAGUAGCAGGAUGUGGCUCAUUCGGGAGACCCGCCGACGCCUGGAAACUCAUAAUGAAAUCACAUUUCAAGCUAUUAAACAUUUUUAGAUGGGUAGAUGAUAAUCUGUUUGUCAGGCUACAAGGAGAAGAUAUAUCAAUGGAAGAUGUCGUCGAAAAAUCACACCACUUAGGAGUCUUAACAAACAAAACAAAAUAUUCUCCUUUUCAAGACGAACAAAAAUUUAUCGGGUUUAUAUGGAAUGGAGUUGAGAAGACAGUAAGGCUUCCAGACGGGAAGGUGGAAACUCGCUUGAAUCAAAUAAAACCGUUUCUAGAAGAUAAGGCGAUGUUCGAUUACAACGAUGCAGAGAUUCUAGUCGGACGACUCAAUCACGUCGCAUACAUAUUACCCCACUUGAGGUGUCAUUUAUGUUCCCUAUAUCGGUGGCUGAUGUCCUGGAAAUUUCGCAAAGCAUUUAGACCAACACCAUCGGAUGUACUCGAAGACCUGACGAUCUGGACAGAAACUCUCAAUAACUUCGAACACACAAGAAUAAUAAAUUAUGGCCCACCGGUUGAUGUAGGAUGGGUAGGUGAUGCCUCGACUUUGUUCGGUAUAGGGAUACUAAUCGGAAAACACUGGGCACAGUUUAAAUUGCAUAACCCGAAAUUGAGUGGACUACGAAUCUCCUACCUGGAAACGGUUGCUAUUAGGUUGGGUUUACUCAUGUUGCUUAAACUAAGAGACCAACAAGGAAAGACGCUGGUUGUCUGGACAGACAAUACCACAACUGAGAACGGAAUCAAUAACAAGAAGUCCAGGGAUCGUGAAACGAAUUCUGAAUGGAUGAAAAUCCAGACUAUCCUGGUCUCGAAGGGGAUAGAGUUGUUGGCUAGGCGAGUUACGUCUAAAGACAACAGGGCCGACGCCUUAUCCCGUGGCAUUAGGUCGGGCCAUCAGAUAUCUAUUACUACAAUGAAAGAUUUCACUUCCACCGGUUUCUCUUUGAAAUCACCUUCAAAAAUAGACAGACAUGUCCUGAACGGUUGGAGAGGAAGUACCCUCCGUAGCUACAACUCAGCGGUUAGAAAAUUCCUCAAAUUUGCAAAAGAAAAAUUAGAACGACGGUUUGAGCUACCAGCAUUACAGGAGGAGAUCAUUGGUUUCUGCUAUUGGGCUGGGCGGAACAAAGAAGAUACGAACCCAAACGAGGUGUCCGGAGCAACUCUCACGAAAUACCUCCAUGGCAUCAAAGCCUGGCAUACCUACCACGGGGUGCAAUACCCCCACCAAUCUGAUAGGAAGGUAGCUCUCAUGAUAAAGGCGUCACUAAGAGCAGAUGCCCUCGUAACACGGCAACAAACGAAACGACCAGUAAUGGUAGAACAUCUGCUACUCCUUCACGAGCACCUGUCAAAAUCCGAUGCUUUAGGCAGGGCACUGCUCGAUAUGGCGCUCGUCGCAUUCUGGGGUAUGGCAAGACUUGGCGAGUUAACGUGCGCGUCAAAUCAUGGGGACCUAAAGAAGGACGAAGGCCCUCUGAUAUCAGACGUCAGGAUUGCGCGCGAUGCGAGGUCAGCCAUCAUCACCUUGCGGUUUGCAAAAACGGCCAACGGAUGUGAAACCCAACGACUGUUCCUCACCAGAACAAACAACAAGCUGUGCCCAGUGAAGGCUCUGAUCAACCGUAUCACUGGGGGGACUCCUACCGACUCACUUUUCGGCGUAACCAGAGAGACUGGCAGAACCAACCUCACGAAAGGAUACUGCACGCGUCGUCUCCAAGGCGCUUGGCGAGGUAUGGGUUUAUCAGACCUAACCGGCCAUUCUUUCAGAGUAGGAGGGGCGUCGCUACGCAAUGCACUCGAAAUUGACAUCGGCACUAUUUGUAAGCUAGGCCGCUGGAAAUCGUCAUGUUAUAAACUGUACAUCAAGGCGUACUCGGAGGAGGACCUACGGGUCACACUUUGUAUUUUAGAACAACUAGAUGCUGGUGGGAUUAAGCCCGGAGUUUGA